AAAUCUUUUGCAGCCAUGUUGGUUUUCUGUUGGUGUCUUGUCACUCUGCUGCUGCUAUCCUCUUCCUGGGCUCAGGAAGAGAUUCCUAGCACUGACGAGGACAUACCCAGAGAGCUCUCUGUAGGUCAGCUGCUGGAGAGAGCCAAUAGAAACUACACACCUGACAUUGAUGAGCCGACAUUAAUCGGAGGUGACGUUGCUAUCAAGUCUGAAGCUGACAGAAAUGCUGACCCCUGCACCUCCAGAGGCUGUAUGUGGGGAAAGUGGACUGAUGGGAAAGUCUAUGUCCCAUACUACAUUGCCAAUCACUACUCUUCCCGUGAGAUUGCCAUCAUCACUCGUGGACUAGAGUCCUUCUCUUCAGUUUCCUGCAUUCGUUUCAGACCCUACCAGGAUGGCGAUCAUGAGUGGCUGAGCAUCGAGUCCAGAAAUGGCUGCUACUCCUAUGUGGGUCGCCAGGGCGGUGGUCAAACUGUGUCUCUAAGCCGUCAGGGCUGUCUUUACCACAGCACUGUCCAGCAUGAAUUACUCCAUGCCCUAGGCUUCAAUCACGAACAGACCCGCUCUGACAGGGACAACUACAUCAGGGUGUACUGGGAAAACAUCCUCGAUGACAUGGUGUACAAUUUCUAUAAGAUUGAUACUCUAAACCAGGGAACUCCUUAUGACUACAACUCUGUCAUGCAAUAUGAGAGGUACGCCUUCUCCAAGAACAACCAACCCACUAUGGUGCCCAUUCCUAAUAGCAAUGUAAUGUUGGGCGGGGCCACUCAGAUGAGCAAAAAUGAUAUCGAUAGGUUGAACAGACUCUACCAGUGCUAAACUGCACCCUGGGCAGAGGACCUGCCACCUUGAUGACAUCAAAGCCUACGAGGGAAAAGAGUUGGAUUCGGGGUAUAUUUUGGGUUAGACGAGCAAAAGCAUUGAAAUACAAAGCUGUGUGUUGACAAAGAAUAAAAAGAACAACAACACAAAUCUCA